AUUCUUUCUGACUGCAGUUGUGAAGCACAAUCUUGAGUGUGAAUGCUGCCAUGAACCCCGCUCGUCUAUGCAAUUUCGCAGCCCCGCAAAAGGCAAGCAGUACGCUUCCGACGAAACUCAUCCGCACUCACCAGCUCAUUUGAUCCUGUUGACCUUCUUCUCACCCACCACUCACUCGAGCUAGAUUCUUCCCUCGAAGCCGCGACAUCUGGACGCAGCAGUCACCCACUGCGAGCAAGCGUGUACCUUGCUGCUCCUGCUUAGCCCCACAUCCGCACAUCCUCGCGCGACAUCAACCUCUCCACCACAUUGGCUCGUAUUGAAAAGACUAUGCCACUCUUCAAAGCUCGUCGGGGAGGCUCAGGUGACGAUUACUCCGCUGCUGCUUCUGCCAAUGCUUCUGGUCACGUCAGCGGUACCACCACACCUGCUACAGGUAGUGGAUCCGCCGCCAAUGCAGGUCCGUAUGCCGCAAUCUUGCGGGUUCAGAUCCUUCGAGCCAAGGAGUUGGCAGCCAAAGAUCGAAGCGGAGCGUCGGAUCCUUUCGUCAUCGUCUCCCUGCCCGGAGCUGGCAAGGCAUACAGGCGCCAGACGCCCGUUGUCCCCAAGUCGCUGGAUCCGGAGUGGAAAGACGCAGAUGCUACAUUCGACUUUGAGAUUCCCAACGAGUGGCUCAAUUCGGACGGCCUUGGGACCGGUAAUGAGGAUGAAGCGCCCUCUGUCGCCUCGGGUCUACAGUCUGCUGCUGGUGUCGCAACUGCUCCUUUCAGCGCAGUAGCCGCUCCAGGUGAAGUGGACGAGGAUGCUGCCGUUGUUGGAUCCCAGCCUGCCGGUCACGGUCUUCAAGUCAGGCCGGAGAACAGGAGGCGCAUCUCAGGAGCUGCAACAAAGAUCUUAUCAGCGCCUGUGCGCAUUGGAGCUCGUGGAGCGGUGGCUGGUGCCCGAGCUGUGCGACGUCGCACACCUCGGCCUAUACGGCACAGAAACGCUGCGUCCGCGCACGGCGAUGCACCCGGAGGCCAGAGCAUUUUUUGUCCCGCCGCUCUCGAGUUUGUGGUGUGGGACAAGGACAGGUGGACAGCAAACGACUAUAUUGGUGAAGUGUCUCUCCCAACGCACGAUUGGUGCCGAGAUGCUUGCUCGUUCGACACGCAAGAACCCAUCUGGCUUCCUCUGGUCUCGUCUCGCCGCAGACUCACGGGUCAGCCAGGGUCCAUUCAGGUUCGCGUCGGUCUCGUCACGAGGUCAUCCACGGCUGCACACCUGCCGCAGAUCUUCGAGCGGCUUGUACUGGCCGCUCACACCCAGGACAGUCACCCGACCAGGGCUGUGCCAGCAGACCAAAGUGUCGGUACAACAGGCCCGGAUGAGGCCUUCUUGGACAAUGGACUGAGCUCGGGCGAUGAUAGCGAUGAGCUCGAGGAGCUGGUGACUGAUGAUGACGAAGAUGACAAUGACGAUGAAGAUGCUUCUGACACAGAUGCAGCCGGAACGGCCACGGAAGCAGAAUCGGACUCCAGCAUAUUUGACGAACACUUCAAAUCUGUGGUUGGUGGUGCAGGUGCUACUGCUCCUUUGGGUACUGCCGCUGUACCGCAGGCCUCGGCUGCUGAAGCUGCUUCGGUCAGUCCGGUAGACGUAGCCGGAGUCAGCGCUGGUGCUCCAACAGCUGGGAAGGUGCCAUCGAUCUCUGCACCCGAACAGAAAGGCGGCAAGCUUCGACGAAAGCUGGGAAGAGGUUUCUCGUCAAGGAGCGUCAUUAAAACCUCCUCCUCCACGACGUCCUCCACGGAGGCUGCGCUGGUCACUGACGGUGAUGGAAUUAUAGACGGAUCGAAGAGGCGACGACGCCGUAAACAAAGGAAGGCUACGGAUCCUACACAAAAGACCAAGGAAGGGAAGAGGAAGAAACAGGCGAAAAAGGGAAGCUUGGACGAUGAGUAUGCUUUCAAGGCUUCGAGCGACAUCAUCGGUAUCGUGCAGAUGGAAAUCAAGAGCGCCUGCGACUUGCCCAGAUGGAAGAAUAGCUUGCACACCGGCUUCGAUAUGGACCCAAUGUGCAUUGUGUCCUUCUCCGACAAGAUUUUCCGAACGCGCGUGCAGCGGCACACGCUCAGUCCCGUGUGGGACGAGAAGCUGCUCUUCCAUGUUCGUCGACACGAGGCGCAGUGGAAGACGAAGCUGUCCAUCUUCGACUGGGACAAACUAUCGGCACACGAUCACGUGGGAUCGACCGAGAUCAGCGUAGCGGAUCUUAUUGAAGAGGCCCCAAAGCCAGAUGUGCAGACCAAGCUGUACAAUGCCGACGUCAAUGCACUUGAACGGCCCAUGAGACGGUUCGAGCUGCCUUUGUCGAAGUCUGCAAAGGACAAAGCAGACACAAAGUCGCAAUCCCUCCUAGUGGUGGAAGCUAAAUUUACACCCUACGACGCCCUGAGGCAACGCUUCUGGAGGCAGAUGCUCCUCAAUUAUGACAGCAACGACUCGAAGACGAUCAGUACCCUUGAACUGACUAGCAUGCUGGACAGCCUUGGCUCAACCCUCGGGUCGCUCACGAUUCAGGAGUUUUGGCAACAACACAACAAACGUCCCGAUGAAGACGACUUGACGUUCGACGAGGCCAUUCUGUCCUUGGAAGCCGAAGUGAACAAGACGUGGGACGAGAAGAGAACGGCGAGGUCGGAUGGAGACGUCAGUGGCCCGGCGAGCGGGACGGUCACCCCAGCAGUCGAGGUGACGGCUAACGCGCUGGACUACUCUGGCCCGAAUGCCCCGAUUGCUUCGGAGACACAACUUGCCAAGAACGCUGGUCUAUCAAGCCUUGCAGCGGUCGAGCCAUCCGCUUCUGAAAAUGAGCCCAGCUCAAAGCGGCUAACUCCACCAGGUGCCUCAGUGCCGGGAGUCAUUGCGCGCGAUAUGAGUCAGCUAUCCUUGUCCUCGUCCGCCACCUCAAGCUCAGCGAAUUCGACCUCAAGCAGCCCGCUGGCCAGCGCGCAUCGAGGUGCCUCGUCAGGAUCAUCGUUUUCGCAGCAUGCAGGAGGUGCUCCGAGAGUGAACAGCCAAGUCAAGGAGCGCGUCAUCUAUUGCAAGUCAUGUCCACUUUGUCACAUGCCACGCUUAGGCAGGAAAGCAGAGGUCGACAUCAUCACACAUCUAGCUGUCUGCGCUUCGCAGGACUGGAGACGUGUCGAUUCUCUGAUGGUGUCAAAUUUCGUCACUGCAUCACAAGCACAGCGCAAGUGGUACACUAAAGUCCUGACUCGCAUCAGUCAAGGUGACUACAAGCUGGGCGCAGACUCUGCUAACAUUAUCGUGCAGGAUCGCGUCACAGGUGAAUUAUUGGAAGAAAAGAUGGCAGUGUACGUUCGGCUCGGUAUUAGACUGCUGUAUCGAGGUGGAAAGUCUCGCAUGGAAGGUGCUCGAGUGCGUCGCAUGCUGCACAACAUGAGCGUCAAGCAGGGCGCAAAAUUCGACGAUCCAGCGUCUGCCCGUGAGAUCCCUAGCUUCAUCGCGUUUCACAACUUGAAGAUGGACGAAGUUCUUGAGCCAUUAGAGAAUUUCAAGACUUUCAAUCAGUUCUUCUACCGCAAGCUCAAGCCGGAUGCCAGGCCGGUCGAUGAGCUCGAGAAUCAUAAGAGGCUAGUUUCUGGUGCAGAUUGCCGCAUGCAGGCCUUUCAAUCUGUGGAAGACUCGAAGAAGUUCUGGAUCAAAGGCAAACAAUUUACGAUUCCGAACUUGCUAGGCGACCAGUACAAAGACGCCAGCGCGUACGACAAUGGACCGCUUGCCAUCUUUCGGCUUGCGCCUCAAGACUAUCACAGGUAUCACUCUCCUGUAGAUGCUACAGUCGGCGAAAUCACGCCGAUUCCUGGAGAGUACUAUACGGUCAAUCCUCAAGCUAUUCGGUCCACGGUAGAGGUAUACUGCGCUAAUGUGCGGACCAUCGUCGAGCUUCACACGGAGGAGUUUGGUCGUGUGCUGUACGUGUGCAUCGGCGCCAUGCUGGUCGGCUCCAGCAUUCAGACUGUCAAGACUGGUGACAAAAUCAAGCGCGGCGACGAGAUCGGAUACUUCGCUUUUGGAGGAUCGACCAUCCUACUGGUGUUCCCCAAGGGUGCUGUCGAAUUCGACAAAGACCUGCUAGAUAAUUCCAAGCAGUCUCUGGAGACCCUCGUCCGAGUGGGAAUGGGCAUCGGUCGAGCACCACAAUAACCUCGAGCCACGCACUUCAACUCCCCAUUCCCGUGAUGCCGCUCUCUCGCGCUUGCCAGGCAGAAGAGCAUUCCCACACCUUCUUUUUACGACGCACGAGCUACAGGCAUACUAGAACCUAGCAACGAUUGCAUGCAAAUACUUUGGCCAAGAAGCGCAUCAGAUCUUCGUCUAACCCAAUUUCCGAAUACAAUUUGCUCCGUUU